AUGGCCAGAAAAAGAAAAAGAUCCGGCGAUGGUAUCAACACACCUCUGGAUCUAACCGUAGAGAUCCUCCACAGACUUCCACCAAAGUCCCUCGCGAGGACCCGAUGCGUCUCUAGGCAAUGGAGAACUAUUAUCGACGACUACAUUAUCAAAAACUCCGUCGUGACUCGGUCUUUGAGUCAACCCUCGCCUGAUGCUCCACACUUCAUAUUGGAUACUUUGCUAGACUGUGGUGUGGUCUUCUCGUACACUUACUCUCGUCAAAUUAGAAGCGAAAGAAACCAAAUCGUAGAGAAAAUGUUUGCCAUGACCGCAACAGCGAGAGAGUUUCAAUACGUUCGCGGCUUGAUCGGGUUUUGGUCAUGUACUCGUGGUCAGUUCACGUUGCACAACCCUACCACAAGGCGUUCUGUUCCCUUACCCGAUACAGGCAUACCCCCAAGGCGGUUCUACUUAUUCGGGUACGACCCGAUGAGGAAUCAGUACAAAGUAGCGUGCAUAGCAAGGCCAACAAGUGAGCCGGAGCAGUUUUGUAAAGUUUUCACGCUGGGAGAUCUCGGACAGGAGUGGAGGAAUAUCAAAUGCUGCAUCGAACGUCACAGUCCAUUCGGAACUGCAGUUUGCAUCGGCGGGACAAUCUAUUACACAGCAAAGGCGGAGAAUCAGAGAAAUGUUAUCAUUAGCUUCAAUGUUGUGUCUGAGAAGUUUAGUCAUGUAUUUCAGGUUCCGGAAAAAUUAAAUGUAAGGUAUGGAAAAUCAUCUCUUGUAGACUACCAAGGGAAGUUAGGAUGCAUAUGUUACAACUACCUCAACAAUGAGGAUAUGGAUGUGUGGGUUAUGGAGAAUGCGGAGAAGCAAGAGUGGUCGAAGACUACACACAUGGCUGUGCUUCAAGGAAUACCAAGUUCUAUGUGCAGAUUUGGUGUGACACAUCCUGGUGGUGAAAUCGUUAUAGUCCCUUAUUUUUAUUAUUACUUAGGAUCAGAGGGUUAUUACUAUAAUCCAAACAUAAAUAGUCGUAGAAGUUUUGUAAUCCAGUCACCAAGGUUAGGAGGCACUGAUCUCGUUAGGAUCUGGCCUGUCACGGAUCCUGUUGAGAAUAUUAUGUCUUUGAUGUAA